AGAGUGAGUGAGUGAGUGAGUGAGUGAGUGAGUGAGUGAGUGAGUGAGAGAGAGAGAGAUAGAGUGUGUAUGUGUAAGUGUGUGUCAGCCGUACCCAUCAUGGCCCCUGAGCUGCAGCUGUUCAGACGGACCGCCGCUCCGCCGUCCUCCUCCAGCGAGCAGCGGCACCGGUGAGGAGGCUCCAUGUGUCCCCCAUCCUCGGUCAGAUAUCUGAGCAAGAGGGCCGCGCUCCAGCCGCCCAGCGCGAACAUGAAUAAGGAUUAUUCCAUUAAUCUAUCGGUGCAGCAAGUGCUCAGCCUGUGGGUCCAAGGCACGGUACCGACCCUACAGCACUUUACAGGUAGGCUACGUUCACACGAGGAGAAAGACCCGGUGAAACGGGUUCAUGUGUCUCAUCCAGCCGCGCGCACACGCCUCUCCACACCGGCAGACACGAGCAUCCCAUCUGAACAAGAAAUGUGGUACUGGGUCUUCCUGUGGUGUCUAUUUUCGUCUCUGUUCGUUCACGGUGCCGUGGGUCUGCUGAUGUGUGUGACUCUACAGCGUCAUAAGAGAGGACGGCUCAUCACAGUGGUGCUCAUCAGUGUGGGGUUCCUGGCCUCUCUCACCGGCGGGGUCAUCACAAGUGCAGCAGUGGCAGGUGUGUACCGAUUGGCAGGGAAGGACAUGGCUCCUCUUGAAGCUCUGGUGUUUGGGGUGGGCCAGACCGCUUUCACCGUCAUCAUCUCAUUCUCACGCAUCUUGGCCACUCUUUAAAUGGACUGAAAGCAUCAUUGACUUACACACAACAGCGAAUCGACCAGCAGAAGAGCCGGGGUCAAGGUGAGUGGGGUUAAACCACAGGAGGUUUGGCCUGCGGUACAAAACAAUUAGCUUUAAAAAUCACUAAUGGCCAAUGGACAACUAUAUGAAACCCUCUGGAAUGGCAGUCUUGGAGAUUUUACCAUUUCAAGAAGCAAAAAUAGCAUUAUAGGCCAAUGACUCAAUCAACGUGCCAACUGCCUCGAUGGAGGAUUGAGAUGAAUCUUCGGAUGUCUGUUUGUCUUUGUUAAACAUUUGUUUUGUUUUUGCACAUGGAUCGCUUCAGCUUCAUGUAAACUGGGUGGUUUUGGAGCCGUAGUUGGGCUGUAACGCCAAGAUGGAUGCAUUCGAAAACAUCCUCCAAUAAUUUGACUUUCAGUGUGUCUGUCUGUCCUCAAACAUAUUCUAAUUCUGCUCUGAUGAACACUCCUGUUUGUAUUAAUAUAGAUUUUCCAGCCGUUUUCUUCUUCCACUUUGCACUUUCUGCAUUUUGAAAAGGUGUAAGAUCUGUAGAAGGUAUGCUGGGAUGCAAUAUGGACAUUAAUUCAAGGAGGUUAAGGUGUAAUCUGGUCUCUUUUAACCAAUAUAAAUGUAUCCAUAAUGGAAAAACGCCUUAUAAUAUGGUAACACAUAAUGGAACAUUAAUAUGAAUUUUAACUGUCAUCAAAUGUCAGUUUUAAAGCAAAGAUGACAAGUAUAUUUAGAAAGUCACUAUGGCCUACAACGUCUUGUCCUGUGUAAACCAUCAACUGCGAUUAUAUCAUGGAAACAUUCAAAUCUGAUCUUGUCCUUGUACACAGUAUUUAAUGUCUUCAUGUAUAAUCCUUUUUUAUCCAGCAUUACUGUGGCAAUACUCUCCCUGCUCAAAUAUGCGAACUUAAACCUCAGGCCUUAAAACACAAGAGAGACAAGUUUGUUAGGCUGGCUAAAUCUGUAAUGAUGAAGAAACAAUCUCAUCUAGAUCUUGAAUGGACUGAAGCUGUGUACAUUUUCAUUUUUGGGGGAACAAUUCCUUACUGGAAAAGGUUUUGAACGGUGAAAAGUGUGGAAUGUGAUGACAGCAGUGUGAUUUAGGAUGCCUCACUGCUUCAACUAGCUUUAUUAUUGACAAAACUCUCCUUGUUUUACCAUUUCCUUCUUAUAAACAGCAUGAAUUUUAAUGCUAUUAAUAACCUAAUAGUUCAAAACCAUUUUACUUGUUGAAAAUUCUAUUUACAUUCAAAUGUAAAUUUUUGCAAAGAAUUAAAUUGUUU